UGAGCUUCGGUGACGGCGGAUCAGAACCAGAGGCAGAGGGAGCGAGAGGGGGGAAGGACGCAGAAUGGCGACCGUGCAUUGCUCCAAGUGCACGGCCGAGAGGAAAGGAUUCAGACGGGAACUGGAUUCGUGGCGGCACAAAUUAAUACACUGCAUUGGGUUUGAAAGCAUUCUUGAGGGCAUCUAUGGACCAUUACUGCUCAGAGAUCUCAGUUUAUUUGAUGACUAUGAACCAGAAGAAGUUCUUGACUGGUCCCCUGAAGAAAACGGUUCCCACUGUUCAUUCUGCAAUCUUCCCCUAGAGAAACUCAAUGAUCAUGUGUUGUCAUCCAUGUCUCCCCUCUCGUCCCCAUCUGACUACUCUCCACGCCCUGCUCUGUCCGAGAGCAGCCAAUCAGCUCACAGGUUCCUACAGGCUGUGUUUAACAAGAAAGAUGUGCCUCUUGACUGUGACCCAAACAUCCCCCUAAUUGCCCAGGAGCUUAUGAAAAAGAUGAUUCGUCAGUUUGCCAUGGAGUAUGCCUCCAAGUGCCUGCUCCACACCACCACAAAUGGUGUUCAGACAAAAACCACUUCACCUCAGUCAGAAACAGCAGAUGCUCCCCUUGACCUUACAGUGAGCCGUGCCCAGGAAGAAAAGGAGCUACAACCAGAUGGCGUGCUUGACCUCUCCAACAGAAAGUCUGCCAGUUUACCAACAUCAAAACCUUCUGUCUCCACCAUUAAUCACAAAGGCUCAGGCUGCUGCCUGUCAACCACUGUAAAAGAAACGGGAGAGCUUCAAGGGACCAAGACCUCUACUUUAGGUGCUGUUUUGAGCUCGUUGUGUCCAGCUCAUCAGUUGUUGCUAUGCCAAAUCCUAAAGCUAGCACAUCAACACAAACUGCUUUUUAAAACUGUUAAAGUCCAGUCGGAUUGCUGCUGCUGUCAUUGUGGCAAAUAUUUUGAAGAUGAUAUGAGUCAUUGUCACGGCACAAAGAGUAACUGCACCCAGGACAGUUGCUGUCAGCACUGGCUAAUGGAUCACUGCAGCACAAGGUGCCAUCCUGUAGAGUCCAAGUCCAACUGCAGCACCAAUCACUGUGCUUUGAAAGAGUGUGGACAUGAAAAUGACUCCAGCAGCUGCUCUACAAAGCUUAGCAAAAGUGAGACUUGCACAAUUAUCCGCCCCAAGAGGGCGCACUGUCAUUCCUGCCAAAGCCUCUCUUCUACAAACAAUUCAGUGUGCUCAUUGUCCCCUACUGCCCCAUCCCCAUCAGUCUUAAGUGUAUGUUCAUUAUCAAUCUGCUGUAACCAACCCAACACUCUACCAUGCUCAUGUCUUUUAACGCGCUCCUCUUUGACUGACGACAAGAGCACAAACACCACAGAGAAUGAAGGUGACAUUACUGCACUAAAAAGGGAGCAGAGCCCCUCUCCUCCUCCUCUGUCCCCUAUCCCAGACCCUAACAAGCAAAGUGAUGACAGACCACCAGCCCGUCUUGACCAAAUUCAAGAUGAGGAAACUGAGCCUGUAGGGAAAAUACGUAGUAAUGCAAACCUUAAAAAAUACUCGGUUAAAAAACCAAAGUGUAGAUCAACACAAAGUAGCCGAACUCUGAGAACUAAUGGGACUCUCCUGCCGGAUGUAGUCAGUCGGCUUAGUGAGAAACUUGAAACCCUCAAGCCUUCAGAGAAGGAUGCCUCACUUAUCACUGCACCAGAGGCAGAAACACAGCAAUUACAUUGCACUUCUAAAUGUGUACAAUUAAAUCCAGAUUCUCAUUUGACUGAAAUAAUCACUACAGUCCUUCACACAGGCAAAGCCAGUGAAUACAACCUUGGUAAGCUCAUUAACCAUCGUAAUAACAAGGAGGUUCAGUCCCCAAACACACGUUCCAGGCGCCGGCAGGAGAUGCUCGCUGCUAUGGCGACGCCCACUGAUAAUGGUACAACCCGAAGGCAAACUAAACAAACAAAACAAAUUAGACGUGAACUAGCAAUGCUGGACCAGUAUCACGAUAAACAAAAACGGGCCUCAUUAGAAAAUGGAGAAAGCAUUUUGAAUCAUGUAAAUGAGGAAUUUGAGCGAGAGGUCAAAACUGUGAAACUCAAUUCAGACACUCCAAAAAAAAACAAAACGGAGACUGUGGUGAGACAAGAAGAAAAUGAGAUAUGGGAGGAAUAUAUGGCAGCUUCUAUUAAAGAAGAGGCUGAUGUGGCAUUGGUGACAAACUGUAAAACAGAUAGGAAUCUGGAUAAAAAGUAUGUGACUUCAAAUUGUGCUAAAAAUGUACAAAGUCUAUUAGACCAGUCAAAUAAUUCAAGAAAGGCCAGAAAAUCUAAGAGAACCAUUGUUCCCCCUCCGCGCUUUUCCUCUUAUGUCACAGAGCCCCGCAAAAUGUACUUUGUUGCAUGUUUUUCAGACACCAUCUUUAACCAGAGAAAUCGAGCUGAUGAAGUUAUCACUCCCCCACAAAACCCUGACCACAAGACCCAUUAUGAAAAUGAUGCUUCUGAAAAUACAAAUGAAUAUUCUGUGAAAGGUGACAGUGAAAACCUGGCCAUUCCACCUACCAAAGAGAGUCCCACAAAAAACAACUCUAACACGCUGAAAGAUGAUAACCGGCGAACUACCAAACGCCGCAGAAAGCUACAGCUGGAAGACUUGUCCUCUGAUGCUAAAACCAGGCCUUCAGCAUGUACUGACAUUUGUCUUGAGUACACGAGUCCAAUAAAGCUAAUGUUUGUUUCUCCGGUGAAAGAUGAGGAGGGGAUGAGGUACAGUUUAAAGUCAGCAGCUGCUGUAAAUGGAUCACGAGCAGAUGAAUGUUUUGACCCCUGUGAAGAAUCAUCUUGGUCAGGGACUCCAGAGAAAAUCACAAGGCAAAAUACACACCUUAACACACAGACUGCAUCACCUCUAAAAUCCUCAACCUCCCCCAAACCAGCAUCUGGGUCACCAAGGUCCUCACCCAACAAAACUUCCCCCAAAACGCCUCCACUUGCUAAAUCUGCCUCACCCAAGUCAACUACUUCACCAAAAGCAGGCUCAAGAAGAUCAGGUGAAAGCACUCCAACCAAGUGGGUGGAUGACCCUCAUGAUGGUUCAGGGUUGCAUGAAACCACUCCACCAAAAAGACGUCGAGGCCGGCCGAAAAAGCUGGGACCGCAGCUGGAGAAAAAAGUCAAGAGGCCUAUUGGCCGUCCACGCAAAGAGAAGGUUAUGGAAUCCACAGUCAAUGAAAAGGUAAAAGGAAAUACUGAAGCAUCAGACACAGAGAAAAAUGUCAACAAAAAUCUAAAAAUUACUGUUCUAUAUGGUCGUUCCCGGAGAAAUAAAAGGAUGGUGUCUGAGGGCUUUGAUCAACUUCAAACUGAAUUUCGUGAUGCAUGCCAGGCAGUGGGCCUAAAUAACAACUGGAGUAUGUUAAUGAACACUACAAAAGUUAAUUCAACAGAUCUAAAAACAGCCUCAGUUGAACUGUCCCAUAAGAUUCCCACAAUAGGACCUGCUAAAGAUGGUGCUCCCCACUCAAGUAACAUCAAACGUCCAUCAGUGGAUGAAGCUGCACCUUCUCGAAAACCAGGGAGACCCGCUAAAGUUAAAAUCUCUGGAAUUUCUGUUACAGUAACCACAGUAUCACCCCGACAACGCAAGAUUCAGAUAAACAAAGAUAAAGCCUCUCCAGUAAAGCAGAACCAUAAGCGAGCACUUUUCCAAAAGACUGUGUCUGCCAAAGAGCCCAAGACAAUCACUUGUCAGUCAGUGAGCAAAAGCAGUGAUGAGGAGCAGCCUUCAGAAGAGCCUAAAGGAGAGAAUGAAACUGAACCAAACCCACCGGUCUCAGUUCGCCAUUCUGAGAGGGUCAGGAAGCCAUCUAUUCAUUUUUUACAUGCAGUUGCUACCUCCAGCUCAUACAGCCGGAGCAGUGCUCUGGUGCGGCGAUCUAAACAGCUCUUGUUGAAUAAGACCAAAAAAGAUGAAUCGCAGAAUAUAGUGCAGCCAGUAGAAGAAAAACGACACAUAAGAGGGGAAGGGAAAGGACAGGCCUGCUCCCUAGGAUUACAACAAGUAGCAACUGUAUCUGUCGACUCCAUCUACCGUCCAAAAGAGGUGAAGUGGUGGUCAGCCUCAGUUCAGAAGAAGACCCUAAACCAGGAGCUUGCCAGACGAAUCCGACUUAUCUCUGACACCUGGGUUUCAGACACAGUGGGCAAUGAAGCAGGAUUUGGCUCCGAUAAAAGUCCAUCCAGUGGAAAACCCAAGUGCUCCUCUGUGGUGCGCUCAUUGUUUGACUGCUCUCCCAAUAAGCCCAGGUCCUGCAGCAUGCAGCAGCUCUGCUCUUGGUUCAUGCAGACCACUGAGACACAGUCACUCUCUAUUGUCAAGAAGGCAAGCUCACGCAAUCCUUAUGAAGUCAUGCAUUUUCCACGAACUACAUACAAAAAAACUACAUACUACAGCCCUCAGGCAGAGCGACUUCGCAAGCAUCUCAAGAAAUUUGCAAGAAGUGUGCCAAAAACUCCAACUGAUUAUGCACAGGCUCAGAAAAAGAUUCACAGGAGGAACACUGUAUCAAAAUCUAAUUUCAACAAUUUGUAUUCAACCACCAUUUCAGCUACAGACAGGCUUAAUUACACCGCCAAGGGGAGGAGCAAAUCAUUCAGCAAAUAUAAGACCAGUCUUUAUCGAGUAAAAAGAAGGUUCUUAACCAGAAAAGAGAGGAAGUCUUGGAUGAACAGUAAAACAUGGCAUAGUUUGAAAAGACAUGCCACUGUAUCACGUUCAGAACUAAAAUCACAGACAAAACAUGUUUCUGUAAGUGGAAAAUCACUGGCCCCUGUGCAUGUGGCUGAAGAUUAUGUGAGUUCUGAACAUUCGAGUCCAGAGAAAAUGAGGGAAUGUCGUGUGUUUCUGAAGAAAAUCCAUUCACCCAACAAUGGGGCAAAGGAGGAAGAGAGGUCUCACUCUGUCACACUGGAAGAGGGGUCACCUUCAGCAUUACUGUUAAGAAGUGAAAAAGGUGCAGGGGUUAACCAAGCUGUGAAAACUGAACAUAUAAGAAGCCCUAAAAGAGCUUGCUUUAGAGACUCUGAGAGUCACUCACCUGACUCAGUCCAGGGACAGCAUGUGGAGCCAAUGAGAGGCAGGGGCCACAGGGGUGAAUCACCACAACAACCACCAGCAAAAAGGUUGAGACAAUCACGAAUGACGGGCCUAUCUGGAGCUAGAUGGCGUGACUUUGUGUUUGAAAACUGACUUUUUGGCAGAAUACUAUUGAGGCUAAUUUAACAGAAAAAAAAAAGUUAUCUUUCUACCUAUUCAAUUCUUAAUUUAGAAAAGUAAUCAAAUACAAGAGGCCUCCAUCGUGGAAAAGGGACUGUGGUUUCAAUGGUGCCUUUAGACAUUGAGCGGACCACAGACUGGCUGUUCACUAGAGUUCAGUCUAACACUCAGCAAAUAUGUAGCAGUUUAACUUAAAAGCUUGAUGUUGCACUAUUUCUCUUAUGUUUGUAUUUUUGUCACAUCAGACUGUUUUUGUGUUUUUGUAAGUUCAUAUCAUUUGGACUCAACAGUUAUGCGCUUAUAUUUUGGUUUCUGAGGAAGAAAUAUUCCUCAGUCAGUUAAAAACAUCCUUAUAUAUAUUUUAUCUGAGCCCUUUAUAUUUAUUUAGAACAUUUUCUGCUUGAUACAUUUCAUCACUUAGCGUUUUCACAGAUUGCUAUAUUUAUGGUGCCAAGUCCUGCCAAAACGAUUUAAAUGAAGGAGUGUUUUAAUCAUCAUCCCUGUAGCAAGAGACCUUCGUGAUUGUACCCUAAAGAUAAUAUUGACAGUUGUAAAUUUUAAAGUUGUAGUUUUCGUUUCUCUGUCUGACGCCACCUAGAUCGAUGCCUUUGUCACAUUGCUUAUUGCACUAUUCCCUCUGAGAUUAUCACAGAUUACGCAUUUUCUUUUCCUAUAUUUUGCACACCCCAUGUCCCCAUUGCUAAUCCCUAUUGUACAACUGGUGCAAUACUACCCCAGAUAACUUUUAGCACGUAGUAAUUAUUUUAUUGCUGACAGAUAUGGAUGUACUAUUAGCUAUUACUGAAACCCGAGAUUUAAUGUGAUUUUAAAAUUUGCUUUGUUUGCCCCCAACACCAGAUCCUUAAUUAAUAGGAUAGCAUUAAAGUGUUUGUGUCAUAGCGUACUAGCAUUAAUAUUUCAAAUCUGUACUAAGGAAGAACCUACCUCUAAUUGGGCUUGUCAAUUGUGUUUAGAAAGCCACAGAGGUUCAUAAAACACUUCCCACUUGGAUGGCAGUUAGGUCCAAGAUAUCUGGUCAUAGGUCAAUGCUAAUGAACUUGUGCGUGCCUGAUUAGCCCUGUACAUGUCGUUGAGGUUGAGGAACGCUAGUUAAGCUUUAGAGGACUAGCUCUCUGUCGGAGAACCUGGUGCUAAACGGUUGUGUAUAUUUUAUCAUGUGAUUUUUAUACUAUCCUGUACAGAUGCAAAGUUGUCCUCUGUUGGAACA